AUAUGUCCGAAGAGUACGCGUUACAUGGAAAAAUGUCGGAGAGAUCAGAUAUAUUUAGCUUUGGGGUCAACCUUCUUGAAAUCGUAACUGGGAAGCGGAACAUCGAGUUUUGCAACUAUUACCAUGGUGAUAGUAUGCUUGACUACGUAUGGAGGCACUUUGAUGAGGGGAACAGUUUACAGGUUGUUGAUCCGAACUUUGUAGAUUCUUCACUGGUUGAAGAGGAGGUCGUGAGAUGUAUACAAGUUGCUCUACUCUGUGUUCAACAAGAUGUAGACGACAGACCAAGCACAGAAUCCGUCGCUUUAAUGCUCGCAACCACGAUGAUGGAAAUUCCU